CAUGAGUCAUCUCAACUGCCUGUUGUUGACUUCACCGAUGAAAACAUGAAGCCUGGCACUGAUGCAUGGCUCUCAGCCUGCCAUGUUGUGAGGACUGCCCUAGAGCACAAUGGUUGUUUCGCCGCCCGCUUCAAUAAAGUCGGCAAAGAGCUUCGCGACGCCGUUAUCUCUGAUUUGGACGAAUUGUUUGGUCUCCCACUUGAAACAAAAUCACAAAAAAUCAGUGAAAAACUUUUCCAUUGCUACUUUGGAGAAGCCCCCUUGUUUGCCUUACAUGAGUCUCUGGCUAUUGACAAUCCAUUAUCCGCAGAUGGAUGUCGAAAAUUCACCAAUAUCAUGUGGCCUGAAGGGAACGACCAUUUGAGUGAAAGGAUAAAUGAGUAUAGUAAGGUAUUGGGAGAAUUAGACCGAUUGAGCAUGAGGAUGGUGUUUGAGAGCUAUGGUGUGGAUAUGCAACGAUGCGAUUCUUUCUUAGAAUCAAACAAUUACCUUCUUCGAUGCUUAAAACACAGAGCACCCCAGAUGGAUGAAGAUAAUGUUGGGUUGGAUUCUCACACGGACUUGACCGUGACAUCCAUAUUGCAUCAGCUGAAUAAUGCGGAUGGCUUGGAAAUCAAACUGAAAGAUGGGGAGUGGAUCAGUGUUGAUGCCUCACCCUCCAUCUUUGUGGUCAUGGCCGGGGAUGUACUCAAUGUGUGGAGUAAUGGCAAGAUAAGGCCAUGUGAACACAGGGUUGUAAUGAAUGCAAAGCAAACCAGAUACUCCAUGGGACUAUUUUCUUUUUAUAGUAAGGUGAUGGAGAUACCAGAGGAGCUAGUGAGUGAGCAACACCCCUUGCGUUAUAAACCAACAUUUGACCAUUAUGACUACCUUAGUUUCUUUGACAAACUGAAAAUCAGAGAAACUUAUCCCCGAAUCCAAGCUUAUUGUGGAAUUUGA